UUGGCGUUGCGGGCCGGGCGGGGGCCGCGGAGCUGCGAUGCGGACGGGCCCGCGGCGGUGACCCGAGCUGCCGCCCGACAUGAACUCGCUGGAGCAGGCGGAAGAUCUCAAGGCUUUUGAGAGGAGACUUACAGAAUAUAUUCAUUGUUUGCAACCUGCCACUGGACGUUGGAGAAUGCUUCUUAUAGUGGUAUCUGUCUGCACAGCUACUGGUGCCUGGAACUGGUUAAUAGAUCCCGAGACACAAAAGGUGUCCUUCUUCACAUCUUUAUGGAAUCACCCAUUUUUCACUAUUAGCUGUAUUACUCUAAUAGGCUUGUUCUUUGCCGGAAUACACAAGAGGGUCGUUGCACCAUCAAUCAUAGCUGCUCGAUGUCGAACUGUAUUAGCAGAAUACAACAUGUCUUGUGAUGAUACAGGAAAACUCAUUUUGAAACCUAGGCCUCAUGUUCAGUGACAAUCUGCACUCAUUGUUCUGGGACCUAAAACAGCCUUUCUUCAAAUGAGUGAUACAGCAAAAAGCCAUAAAGGAUUCCUUUUACAGUUGGAUAUGUGAAGGUCAUAGCAACAACUGACAAGAAGUGUGCAAUAUUUACCCAGAUGAUCUCGAUGAUGAUGACUCGUCUCCCCCGUGCUUGGUACCUUUGAUUAUCUGUGUUACAGUAUUAGUGUCACUUUAGUACUUCAGACCCUGCAGAGACUUAUGCAGAUGAAGUAUGUCUGUAUGUUACUAAGUUAAACUUAGAAACAGAACCUCAUCCAGUUUUUAUAAUGUAUUUUUGCAAACUACUGUAAAUAGCAAAUCAAUGCCAAUGUCAAAGAGGGAAGCGUUCCGUGGACUUUGUUCUCCUGCACCAGUAUCGUGGGAGCAUCCGUUGGCCGCCCCAUGGCUCUUCACACCCAGCUAUUGUGUAUAGCUGUGCCUUUCAUUCUUACACCCCUCUGUUCUAAUCAUAAUGCAAGAAAAACAUCGGAUCGAGUGUAAACUGAGAAAGACUCAUCUCCAUUAUGUUGUGAGAAAUUAUAGAUAUUCUGAGAAACCAUUUUUGUUAAACCAGAUAGUGAACUUCAACCACUCUCAUGGUAACCAUUUCCAGUUUGUUGUUUUCCUUCAAUGCUAAAUAUACUUUAUAUUUUUUUUUAAUAAUUUUAAGAACACUCCAAAGGCUUCUGAAUAUACAAGUUUAGUUAUAAAUUAUGUACUGUCUGGGAAUUUGAUAGUCCUUGUUUUAGAUCAUUGGAUCUUAACGCCGCGGUUGGCGUGUUGUUACACUAGUGUUGCACGGGUGUAAUUGAUCCGCCGCUCCAUCACGGGGUGACUUGGGAGCGGCGCCCCAAACUAGAGUCUACAAUUCUCACUGUUCCGAGAGUGUUAAUGACAUACUGUGUAUGCAUUUUAGCCACCUGUACUAUAAUUGCCCUUAAUCUUAAACUAUUGGGAUUGCUGUAAAUAUUUUAAAGAACUGGAGGUGCCUUUUACCUGUUUAUUAGAUGAUUUUGAAAAGGUUUAAAUUAUUUCAUGAGCAGUCUUUUAAAUUCCAUUUAACAUGAAGCUGAAAAUUCACUCACAGGACAAAAACUUUUUAACAAGGCUACCAUUUAACUUAACUGUCCAUCUUGGCUUUGACAUGUUUGAGAUUUUAUUCUUGAAACUGCAGCAAUAAGACCCUCUCUGCUCCUACGAAGUCAUCAGAGGGUACUCCAUGUAUUCGGCACAGUUUGAUUGUCUGUAAAUUUUGUAGGUAAAUAUGUGCAUAAAAAUAAAUACUUUAUAUAUAA